AUGGAGAAAGGAAUAAUGAGGAGGCUAGAGAGGAGCAUUAUGCUGGAGAUAAUGCCGCCAGUGCUGUGGAACACAGAACACAAGAUACCACAGAUGAAAGUCAUAGCAAGACAGAGCAAUCUGAAAACAAGGAAAAUAAUGAAAUCAGAAAACACUGAGAAGGCUGAUUCAGGCAAUGGGAACCAAGCAUUGAUGGAGAGUGAUGGACAUAAAAGGGAUGGGGAGCAAGCUGAUUCCACUUCAACAUCUUCCUCAGAAAACUAUGUCAGCAAUGCAACCAAUGGAGAGUCCAAGGACUCACCUACUAAUGCUGCUGACAAGCAAAACGUUGACAGCAAUUCUGACAAGGGAGCGCAAGAUAAUGUUGUGUCAUCCAGUACAGGUGACAACAAAGAUGCUAGCCAGGAGGUACAACAAACUUCCUCUGGUGCUUCAUCUGAACAGAAGAAAGAUGAUUCCUCAAAGUCAGAAAAUAGUAGUAAUUCUGGGCAAAAUGACAAUGUAAACUCUACUCAGAGCGAAACGGACAGUGAUGGAAGCGCUAAUAAUGGCGUAGAGGCCAACCAGGGACAAGUCAAAUCCACUGACACUCCAUCAGAACAAAAUAAGGAAGAAUCCUCUAACUCAGAAAACAGGAAUGAUGCCAGCCAGAAUAAUUCAAAUGGCAAUGACAAUAGAAAUGAAAACAAAGACGUGACGGUGCCAGGCGUUUCUUCUGAUUCCUCAAUUUCUGAAGAGAAAGAUGCAUCUUCCGGGAACAAUGCUGAUGCAGUGCAGAGUGAGAAACAGAACAAUGUUCAAAGCCAGACAAAUGAAACUGGAGGUGCUCAAAAAGAAUCAUCUGUUGCAGGAAACCAGAAAGAAGAAUCAACCGAUUCCAACUCGCAGGAUCAAGUCAGGUCUGAAUCUUGA